CGCGAUGCCUGCCGGUAGUUGGAGUCCAGCCUUCCCGGCAGCGACUGCGCCAGCUGGCUUCGGCUUCGGCGUCUGGCUGCCUCGGUGUUUCGGCGAAUUCCGCCGGGGUGGAGAAGUUACCGGGAAAUCGCGUUGACUGAAAUGAAUCCGGAGACGGUCGCCGGUGGGGGCCCACCUUAGAGCCGCCCGCGUUGAGGAAGGAGGCCGUGUUUACAUGGACAGGAUGUGGCCGAGCAGAGGAGCGAGAGGCUGGAGCAGGCUCUGAGGAAAGGACUUGUCAAAGCCUUCCAACACCAUCUCCCGGACCAUGGGCGCGGAGUAACAGCCAGUUGCGUUCAGAUUUGUCCCGGGGGGGGAGGGGUUUUAUUUAAAAAUUUAAAAAGUUCUGGUUACAAAAUGGGGCAGUUUCUGCAGCGUAGCUGAUGGUCAGUGGGACACAGACUGGAAGCCUGCUCCUGAGCUUGAGCAACAUGGGCUUCACACUCAGGCUGCUGUUGGCAGGCUUCACCUUCAGCUGCCUCUGCCUCCAUCUGCUGCUGGCGAUGACAGAGCAGGAAAAAGGCGCAAUCAGGAACGAAGUUGUUGAAAUGUUUGAGCAUGCAUAUAACAACUAUAUGGAACAUGCAUACCCUGCUGAUGAGUUGAUGCCCUUGAGCUGUCGUGGAAGAAUUCGUGGAUUAGAGCCAAGUCGUGGUGAUGUUGAUGAUGCCUUAGGAAAGUUUUCACUCACUCUUAUUGAUACAUUAGAUACGCUAGUUGUACUAAACAAACUAGAUGAGUUUGAAGAUGCAGUGCGAAAAGUAAUACUACAUGUCCAAUUCGAUAAUGACGUUGUAGUCUCAGUGUUUGAAACAAACAUCCGUGUAUUAGGUGGGUUGUUAGGAGGUCAUGUGAUGGCAACCAUGUUGAAGAACCAUGGGUCCAAGAUUCGUUGGUAUAAAGAUGAGCUUCUAUAUAUGGCUAGAGACAUAGGAUAUCGACUCCUGCCUGCUUUUAACACUACCAGUGGUCUACCGUAUCCAAGAGUAAAUCUGAAGUAUGGAAUCUUGAGCCCUCUGUCCCGAACGGGCACAGAGUCAGACACUUGUACAGCCUGUGCUGGAACCAUGAUUCUGGAAUUUGCAGCUCUCAGUCGCCUGACGGGUGAAACUAUUUUUGAGGAAUAUGCACGGAGAGCAAUGGAUUUUCUAUGGGAGAAAAGACAGAGAAGCAGUGAUCUUGUGGGGACAGUGAUCAACAUCCACAAUGGUGACUGGAUCAGGCGGGACAGUGGAGUGGGUGCUGGAAUUGACUCCUACUACGAAUAUUUGUUGAAGGCCUAUAUCCUGCUGGGAGAUGAUGUGUAUUUGGAGAGAUUUAAUACACACUAUGCAGCCAUUAUGAAGUACAUUAGUCAGCCUCCUCUGCUUCUCGAUGUUCAUAUGCAUAACCCUACAAUUAAUGCCAGAAAAUGGAUGGAUUCACUUCUUGCAUUUUUUCCAGGCUUACAGGUACUAAAAGGGGACUUGCAACCUGCAAUAGAAACUCAUGAAAUGUUGUAUCAGGUUAUACAGCGACACAAAUUUCUCCCAGAGGCUUUUACCACUGACUUUGCGGUUCAUUGGGCUCAACAUCCUUUAAGACCCGAAUUUAUUGAAAGUACUUAUUUCCUUUAUAAGGCCACCAAAGACCCUUAUUAUCUACAGGUUGGUAAAUCUGUUGUGGAUAGCUUGAAUCAGCAUGCUCGUGUACCUUGUGGCUUUGCUGCUGUGCAAGAUGUCCGAACUGGCAAUCAUGAGGACAGGAUGGAUUCAUUCUUUUUGGCUGAGAUGUUCAAGUACCUCUAUUUGCUGUUUGCUGAUGACAAUGAGCUGCCCUUUAACCUUGAUGACUAUAUUUUCACCACAGAGGCUCACUUACUGCCUCUUACACUAGCCACAGUUUGUCACACCUGUAGUAAGAAUAUAACGAGUGUGCAAUUGGAAAGUAAAGUUGCUGGUGUCCUUUCCCAUACGUGCCCAAGUGCUCAAACAUUGUUCCCUAAUAACCCAUCCUAUGCACAGAAAAUAAGGGAGACCUACAGAGAUAUCGUUCCAGAUGCAAGUGCACGGACAUCUGCAGAAAGAGAAAAGUGUAUGGAACCACCACAGUCUAAAGUGUUCCCAACACUUCAAACGAAGGAUUUUGUUGCUAGUGGCAUGGAUCAUUUGGAAAUCCUGAAGCAAAUGGGGUUCUCUAUAGUUUCAACCAAUGAUGGACGUAUCCAGCUGACACAUACACCUGAUCAGGCUGCAAGUUCACAAAGUGGUCAGCAUGGCCUAAAGUUCAUUGCAGAAAUCAUUGAACUGGCUCAAGCGCAGGCGAGAGGAGAGAUGACAUCAUUUGCUGUACAGAUUAUAUCUCCCCCAUUUUUGGGACAAGUGGUUUUAGCUGCAGGUCCAGCUCAUUUUGGAAUGGACCUCAGUAAACAGGAACAUGGGGUUAAAGGAACCCUGAUGAAAGCCAUUCCAUACACUGCAUGCUUGGAUGUAACUAACUCAGAGCAGGUCCGUGGUAAAAUUGUCCUAGCACAACGUGGAGAUUGUAUGUUUGCAAAUAAGGCAAGGAAUUUGCAAAGGGCUGGGGCCAUUGGAGCUGUCAUUAUUGAUAAUGUAGAAGGCAGUAGCAGUGAUUCCUCCCCUGUAUUCCAGAUGGCUGGUGAUGGAGAUAAUGCUAGUGAUAUUACCAUACCCCUCCUUUUCCUCUUCCACAAAGAAGGCUCAAUCCUACUGGAUGCUCUGAAUGCAAACCAGAAUGUGGAUGUGCUGUUAAUCGAUAAAGCCAAGCAGCUAGGACAGGAAAGCAGACACGAGGAGAAAACUACAGGAGAGAUCACAAUCCAUAUCCAAAUUGACUCUCUGGACACACAGGUUGCUCAGCUAGAACUUGGCAUUAGCUCUCCGAGCUGUCCAGGGCCGGAGUCAGCAAAGCACUCAAACCCAGAUGGACUUCAAACCCAAAGUCAGGAAAUUGUUGAGCAUUCACCUGAUGCAGAAAAAGAAGAGAGUGAAGGCCAUUCAUCGGAAGCAUUGGACCAGAAGGAAGAAGUGGAAACUUUUGAAGGAACCGAUGAGGAUGAGUUGUAAAUACUACUUCCAAAAGUGAAAUUUCUUCUUGUACAACUCUAUUUAACUUCAGAGGGAUCGUGCAAUCUUAGAUUUCUCAAAACCAAGCUGCUUAUAUUAAAUUGAGAAUUCCACCAUUUGUUACCAGUUUUCUGGACGGGGUUGUAAAUAGUGAGGUAUGAAUUUGAAUAGGAAAUUACAUUGCCUUAACGGAUGUAUAUAUGCUUUUAAUUUAUUUUGAAAGUGGCAAGUUGCCCAUUUUCUGGGGAGAAGUUUCAAUAUUGAAAGGCAGAGCUGUAUUAUUAGGGACCUGGAAUUUUGGAUGUUCUGCUGUAACAUUGGGGACUAUUGUGUUUAAUCAAACAGAGCUCAUUGAAGUGAGUAUUUUGUAAAUUGAUUACUCUAUCGCAAUGCCAUAAAUUUUAUUCAAAGGAAUCGUCUUUCACGGUGCGAAAGAAACCAGCUAUUUAAAAUAACUUGUUGUUGCUGCUAUCCAUUUUAUAUCCACUGGUCAUUUACAUGAGUAUCAAAAUGGAGAGUGGACCACAUUUUUAAGAAUGACUUAGAUUCAGGUUUGAGAUGUACCCAUCAAAAUUGAUUUACUUCAGCAAACCAUCUUUUCUCAACAGUGGCAGCUGCAUCAAUGAAAACCUUUUGAGUCUAUGUACAGUCUCUGUAACACUAAUAUAGCAUAACGCUAAACUAGAUUUUCAGAUGAGCAAUAAAUAUUUAGUCAGUCAUUUCUACCAGUAGAAAUUUAUAAAAAUUGAAAUUAGUGACCAUGUAGUUAGUAUAUAAAUAUUGCUUCAAACACACUGCAAAUCUUUUAUAUUAACAUGUUCAUCCAGCCACGGCAGGGUUAAACUGUUAAACUCGGGAUUCAUUUAUCAGGGACUUUGAAGAAAAUUUGAUUAUUGAGUAUUAAAUUUUUGUUUCCCCCCCCCCCCCCCCCCCCAUUGGAUACAAAUGAUUCUUUUACAAUGGGAAAGCAAAUUCAGUGAUGUUCCAAUACUGAAGUUUAUUAAAAUUGGAUGUUUGAUAUGACUGAAGAAAUAUUGUAAUAUCUGUUGGAUUUGAACAUAAAUAUCUAUUUGUUUGGGUUGAUGGAAUAGAAGGAGGUUUUCUUUUGAAUUGUAUAACUGAGCAAACUCUGCGAGCAUCAAUACAAUGUUAAAUGUUGAUUGACGCAUUGCCGAAUUUAGCAACAAAAGGCCAAAAAUGUACAAGCUGUCAAAAAUCUCAUUCACAUUUUAAUAGAUCAGACCAUUAUUCGCCAAGGAAUAAGCUACCUCCAAACAGCUUGUAUAAAACCUGAUCUUAAAUAUCUGUCAAACAGUUAAUUUUGAAAAGGUGUUAAGGGCAGCUUAAAAAAUUUUUUUCCAAAUGCCAGAAGUGAGUUCAGGAGAGAUGGAAGAAGCAUUUAAUGCUAGCAUCCAGUGAAUGUUUGAUAAUUGGUCAGCAGUUCUUCAUUUCUGAUCAGUGCCUCUGAAGAUGUGGUGACAGAUGCCAGUCAUGACAUGAGGGGUAUUGCAAGUAAGGGGCGGCAACAAGAGCUGGAAGUGGUUCUCCGUGCACCUUCUCUCCCCUACGCUAGGUACCCCCAUCAGACACAGAAUGCCUUUGUACAAAAAGAGAAGCCCCUCUCCCUGGAAGCUCUCAAGAAACCCCAGUAAGAUUUGCUUUUCUGGCUUCCCACAUGGCAAAUCCCCAGCACUCCACUAGUCACCAGCAGCAGACUAAGAGCCUUAAUGCCUACACUGGGGGUCUCAAUUGAUGGUGGGCUGGGAUAGCCAUUCUUACGCCUUCCUACCAUGGAUUUAAUAGGGGCAAAGGCCAGAGGCAGCAGGGUCUACACUUGCCAACCUCCUGUCUGAUUUAAAUGUUUUACACCAUCAAACCUGCCUCAAUCAUUCAAUCACACCCUAAGGUUUCUUCCUGUGCAUGUUGUGAAUGACAUGUCCUAAUCCAAUUUUUAUUUUAAAAAUGCAUAUGCAAAACCUAUUUCACAUUCAAAAUCAGACUUCUGAAUAAUUUAAAUUUUUUAAUGUUAUAUUCAGUAAUGUUCUUAAACUUAAAAAAGAUAUUUAUGUUUUCAAGUGGGAGAAUUAACAUAUUAUUUCUUGUUAGCGGUGCAUCUUUUCCUAUAGUAAUUCCUGUCUGCCUAGUAAAGAGGAGCUGGAGUAGAAAGGGGGAAGGUAGGUAGUCCCUUGAUGAUUUUGGUUAAUGUACAUAUCUGCUUCGGUGCAAUUUAUUUUUAUUCUUGUAGUCAUAGUCCUUAUUUAGCAUUAACAGAAAAAUAAAACUCUGAUGUUGUUAUCAAUUGUUUUAUAGCAUGCAGUUCCAGACAGUUGUCAUAAAGCAGUUGAAACCAUAAUCUUUAAUUUUAAUGUAUUUGGUUUAUUUUAGACAAUUAGUAUUUUGUUGACUCUUGUUAAUGGUUUAUUUUAUUGUCCGUCAGCUUAAAAUGUUCAUUGUCCAUAAGGCCAUAAGACAUAGGAGCGGAAGUAAGGCCAUUCGGCCCAUCGAGUCCACUCCGCCAUUUAGCGUCACAGCCUCCACUGCACUCUGUGGCAAUGAAUUCCAUUCAACUAUAUUUGUUACUGAUACAAAAAUAUAUUCCUUAGAAUAUACAGUGAACUAUUCUUCUAAUCUAUCGAGGAGUAAAGGGAGAUUUUGAUGCCAUUUAAUUCUUCAGUUAUUGAUACCUAGUACAGGCCUGUCACUUAUAGCUUACCACUGUAUCAUGCUUAAACAAAGUUUGAUGGUGUUCAGUAUUUGGAAUUAAAAGGUAUAUAUUAGGCAGUACAAUUUGAGGGUUACAAGCUAAUAUGCACAUCAAGAUUCAUUUAGAUAUAAUGAGUACACUUACACCUUGCAGAAUGAAAGUUUACUAGGGUGUCUAUCUAUCUAUCUUGUACACAUGAAAAUUAAGUAGAAAGAUUACGUUAAUAAUCUACGUAGAGCUUUUAAUUUAGGACCAAAGGGAUUGUUGGUUGUUCUCAAAAAGCGAUAUUAUUUCUGCACUUCAGCAUUUUCAACUGCGCUUGAUAGAAUUUUGAAAGCCUACUUUUUUUAAACAAUAAAGUGGACAGAAAAUCAUUUAAAAUGUUAUUUCUAAAUGUAUUGGGUUUUUUGCUGUCUAUGUAAUUAAGAUAAAAGCUGUAACGAAUGUCAAAAUGAAUUGACUUGUGAAAAUGCUGUUAUUGUUUUUGUUUAUGAUAACUUCUGGUCAACUUUACUUGACUAAUAGAUUUAUUCUUAAAGAAAAUAAAGCUGUUCCUUUUGUAAAGAUCCUUUUAUGACCUCAGCAUGCCCCAAGGCUGAAUCUAGAGAAUUAAGUUAGCGAGUUUUGAGAAGAUUUCUAGCUCAGGUUGAGGUUCUGGAUGUAAGUUAGAAGGUUCAUUCCAAGAGAAAUUUACAUCGAAGAGAAUUAAGUAUUUUAUUGAAAUAUAGUAGUUGUUGCAAUGUAGGAAACACAAAAGCUACUUCAUAAACAAUGAUGUUCCACAAACAGCAAAGCAAAUUUCUUCCUAAUGCAUUCUUAAGAUGUGGCUUUCGUUGGCCAAACCAGCAUUAUUGCUCAUCCCGAGUUAACCCAAGGAGGAGGAGGUGGCGAGCUCCCAUCACCCCUCCCUUUCGAAAUGGUGCAGUCUAUCUGUUGGGUAGAGAGUUGCAGGAUUUUGACCAAGUGAAAUAAAGGACUAGAUAAUUAUUUUAUUACUUUUUGAGGAAGAAGUACUGUGCUGUUUAAAUAGUGCUAUUAUUCACAUCCACACCAUCAAACCUGUCUCAAUCAUUCAAUCACACCCUAAGGUUUCUGGGCCUAUUUUCCCACUCUUAAGGUGAGCGCAUGAUCACUGAGCUUUAGAUGACAUCUGAAUCUUGUAAUUAAUUUAGUGAUAUCUUGGCCAGCUUAGCAAAAGCAGUAAACCUGUAGGUGAGUAAGAGAUAAAUACGAGUUUGGUCUGAACGUACUGAUCAGAAGACUUUAUUUAUAUUGCCAUGAUUUAGCAUAUUUGUAAAGUAAAUGAACUGCUUUUUGAAUGUUUGGGCAUUAGUGACUUGCUAUAAAAAUGUCUGCUCCAGGUGGAGCAUGGCUCUAGUAAAUCUGAGACUGGAGUAGUCAGAAAAUGCCAUUGUUGCACAUUUCCCAGUGCAAUUUCAAAGGUAAGUUUUAUAUCUGAUAGUUUUAACUGAGUCAAGCUCACAUUUGGUAUUCGCAAUAUUUUAAUGUUUUGAGAAUUUAUAUAUUAAAUCAGUUUGGUGUAGGAAUUAUGCUGUUUGACAGUAUUAGAAACACUAAAUACCUAUUCGAGCAUCUUUUCCAUUAGCUAAGAGGAUUUGAAUGCUGGGGAAUGUGGAAGGGAUGUUGAGUGCCUUUUGUAGUCAAGGAGAUUAACUGUAAAGUCAAAAUGGUUAAUAUAUUUUAGUGUUACAAAAUCAUCAUAUUGUAAAUACAGUUAAGUGGAUGAAAUACUUCACUUCAGAUCUUGCAACGCCAAUGCUGUUUCAAGCAUAAAUUAAAGGAAUGCCAUUCUGAGAUCAUUGUAUUCACUUUUCAGUGUAGAAAUGUACAAUAGAAAUUGCUUUUGUCUUGCUAAAGUUUGAAGAUCGAUACAAGUCCAGGAAAAUGUUAUGCUUUUGAACAGUCUCAUUUUGGUGAUCAAUUCCGCACCCUUUCAUCAGUUACAAUUUAGUUUAAAUGACUAUUUGUGAAACAUUUUGCCAUGUAUUGCGUCCUAUUUGUAUGUAACCACAUUCAUUUGAUUCUAAAACUAAUUUGACAAGUCAGUUUAUCACCUUUCCAUUUCUUGUUGCCUUUCUUUGCUGCCCCUACAUUUUUUUUUUAAAGAUUUUCAAUCUCAAAUUGUGCCUGAGGAUUGUGAGAAUUUAAUUCUCUGGAAUGGUCUUGAAGUCUGCUUUCUAGACAGGUUUUGUUAUUACUGCAUGAUCAGGAAAAUAAACAUACUACUGCUACAUGCCUUAAUGAUUUCAAUAAAACUGGAUAUUCUUUUUGCAUAUCCAUAGAAAAUUGACAAGAAAAUUAGCCACUAACAAUUUAGCUUAAAAAAAAUUAAGAAAUAACCCGGGUACAGUCAUUAAUUUUUAAAAAUCUGAAUGUGAACAAAGUGAUAAAGUGGUUACUGGGUACAACUGUUAGAUGUAGGGUGUGAUUUUCCUGUCCUUUGGAGAUGUUAUGGGUAAAUAAUGGGAUGAAUUGGCCCUGAAGAAAAAUUCACCCCCUUCCUGCCACCACAACAAUUAAGUUCUGGUCAACAAGGUCAUCUAGCGACUUUCUUGACUCAGCAGCAAUUGAGGCCCUUAAGUGGCCAAUGAACAGCCACUCAAGGUCCUCUACUCACCAACUCCUCAAUCAUUUGUGUCUCUGGCAUCUGACAAAGGUAGGGAACCAGGACGAUCUGCCAGGUUAGAGGAGAGGCGUUCUAAUAUCGUCCUAAUUUGUGGCAAUCGGAGGAUAUGUGGGGAAGUAAGGGAGUGGUAUUUGAAAGCUAACAUUCUUGCCCUUGCCUCCUAUCUCCCUGAUUUCCUUUAACCCAUGAGGAAGAAAAAGAGACUUUUUGUCACUAGAUUCCCACAAGUAGUAGGCCUCAACUGGCACACUUUUAUUUAGGACCAGAAGUCACUUGACUGGCUUGCAGUUUCUAGUGAUCUGUGUUGCCAGCAUCCAGGCCUGAGAUAGAGUGAGGUACUUGCCCCUUCCCAUCCGUCAGCACAUCACAAACUGAUUGGUGAGCAAUCCCUUGCUUUUUCUUAUCAGUAGAGGUAGGCUGUUAGUUGCCCCUUAACGCACAGAGGAAAAGAAAAGGAAAAUUUUUCCCUAGGUAUUAUAUUAAAUUAGUUAUUUACUACUGCAAUUCGUACAAUUGUGGUUGAACGGUGUAAAGAAAGCUAUUUGUUUUUAUACAAAAUUUCAAUGUACAUUUUCAGAGAAGUUGAAUCAUAUUUCAAUGUUCUAAUGAGUCUAUGAAUGCUUUAAUCUAUAUAAGGUGUGUCACGGUAAUUUUAAUAUUGAUCGGGGUAUGUUGAAAAUCAAAAGUGAGCACAAAUGAUUAACUUUAUAAACACUCUGCCUUUACAGUUUAGGUGUUAAGUGAAAUGUGUAAUACUAAAUAACAUCCAGUCACUCUACAAUUCGAGGUAUUUUUAAAUUGGAAGAUGUUCAUGUAACAUAGAGAGCAGUUACUGAGAAGAACUUGUCAGUAUUAUAUCAGUUUUGACACGAUCACCACCUCAGGACAGAAUUGUUUAAUUGCAAAAAAAAAAGUUUAUAACAUUGUAAAAGAUAAAGUAAUAUUGUUGGUUUACACUUUAAAUUGUACCUCAUUUUGGGUCUUUCUACUUUGAUUAGUGAGAAGCAAAAUUAAAAAAAAAAGGCAUUCUAGCACAUUGACCAUCAUGGACUGUAAUUGAAAUCCAAAAUGUUUUUGAAACUUAUCUAAGAUACAGUGUUUAAGAAUAAUGUGAAUAUGGAUGUUAUGUAAUAUAUCUUGUGUUUAAACAAAAUAUCCAGGCAUCUUUUGAAGUAUAGGCAAAAGCAAAAAAUGAAGACUUACAGAUGUUUUGAAAUUUAUCUCUUACAGCAACCAGGAUAGUGUGCACGCAAUUCAAUACUGCCUCAUUACUUUAAUAAUCAGAUGUAUUUUAUAAAUCUCAUGCUCUUUAAAUGCUGUUUUUAGAAUUGUGCUUUAAAGAUAGCAUUAAGUUGCCUAUUAAUGAUGGACAAAUUUAAUGUGUCUACACUCUAUUUAUAAUUGUGCAGUAUAAGCUUGGCUGGCCCAAUACAAAUUUACCAUGGAAACCUA